ACUUCCACCUGGGACCUGUCUGUGUUUGAGCCUGUGCUUUGAUUGUGCAAUUCUGAGCCUGCCCCACCCUCCUAGCUCCUUCCUGAAAGUGAAAUGCUACAGUCUUUGCUCAAGAACAAAGGCCUCAAGCUCAGCCCUGCAUGUUAAUAAUUUUCAAGUGUGGUCACUUCCUCUUGCCUGGCCUGACUCACCCUGGCUGCUACCCAUUGUGGCUGCCAUGGAAAUACAACUCGAUGAGAGCCCAGACCAGGACAGGGAGGCCAUGCUGUGGGUGGCAGUGGAGCCUGGCAAGGUGCCCUCCUGGCCUGGGACUGCUGUGGCAGAGGAAGCAUGUGGUGGUGCCUCACCUGCCCAGCUCAGAGCUGAGGUGCCCCGUUGCUUUUUUACCUCCCUGCUGCCUGGCUGGCCCGCUGCACCUACACACUCAAUGCAGCGGCUUCGCUCCUGCUCCUGGAUGGCUGGAGGUGGGAUCAUUGCCAGGAUGGCCUCACAUGUGCCCAGGUCUCCUGGAAGACUCAGUUUCCCUCUUUGUCCCAUGCAGAGGCGCAGAGGUUCAUUAUUGUGGGACCAUCCGUGAAGCUGGUGCCAGGAUGCCCCGGGGGUGUGGAUGACCGGCCGCCCAGCCCCAGCACGGCCCGGUCCCGCAUGCCACCGCCCCGCGAGGACCACUCUCCGAGGGCCGCCUGGGGCCCUGCGCGCCCGUAGUCUCCUAACCCGGAGCCCUCGGCAGCCCAUUCCUGCCUGGCCACCCGGGGCGGAGGAGGCGCUGGAGUGAGCUGCCCGAGGCCGCAGAGCAAGCAAGCGGCUGACCGCGGAAAGACCCCGGGGAAGGGGCUUUGCGGCCGGCUAGAAACAUUUUCUCCAAGCGGCUCCGCAAAAUGACCAGCCUGUUCCGCCGGAGCAGCAGUGGCAGCGGCGGGGGUGGCACAGCCGGGGCGCGCGGGGGCGGGGGAGGCGCGGCCUCCCCCCAGGAGCUCAACAACAGCCGGCCGGCCCGCCAGGUGCGCCGCCUGGAGUUCAACCAGGCUAUGGAUGACUUCAAGACCAUGUUCCCCAACAUGGAUUACGACAUCAUCGAAUGCGUGCUGCGCGCCAACAGCGGUGCUGUGGACGCCACCAUCGACCAGCUGCUGCAGAUGAACCUGGAGGGCGGUGGCGGCGGCGGCGGCGGCGGUGUCUAUGAGGACAGCUCCGACUCGGAGGACAGCAUCCCUCCGGAGAUCUUGGAAAGGACUUUGGAACCCGAUAGCUCGGAUGAAGAGCCACCGCCUGUGUACUCCCCGCCAGCCUACCACAUGCACAUGUUUGACCGGCCCUACCCUCUGGCUCCCCCGACUCCGCCUCCCCGUAUCGACGUGCUGAGCUCUGCAGCCCCUACAAGCCAGAGACGCUAUCGGAACUGGAACCCACCACUACUGGGCAACCUCCCGGAUGACUUUCUCCGCAUCCUCCCCCAGCAGCUGGACAGCAUACAGGGUAAUGCUGGGGGCCCCAAGCCUGGGAGUGGAGACGGAGGUCCGCCUGCCAUGACUGGGCCAGGGCCCCGAGACCAGGAGAGCCGCUGGAAGCAGUACCUGGAGGAUGAGAGGAUCGCGCUUUUCCUACAGAACGAGGAGUUCAUGAAGGAGCUGCAACGAAACCGCGACUUCCUCCUUGCCCUGGAGAGAGAUCGAUUGAAAUACGAAUCCCAGAAAUCUAAAUCCAGCAGCGUGGCUGUCGGAAACGACUUUGGCUUUCCAUCUCCUGUCCCAGGAACUGGCGACGCCAACCCCGCUGUGUCUGAAGAUGCCUUAUUCAGGGACAAGCUGAAACACAUGGGAAAAUCCACCCGGAAGAAGCUGUUUGAACUUGCCCGAGCCUUCUCAGAGAAGACCAAAAUGAGGAAGUCAAAGAGGAAACACUUGUUGAAGCAUCAGUCGGCCUCGGAUAGCAGAGACUCAGCAGCCAGAGGGAAACAGGGAGGAAGCUUUUUCUCCAUCCCCAGAGAUACGAAGACUUCCGGGGAAGGCAUCAGGAGGCGCCCAAGGUGGAGGAAGGCCUGCGAGAAGGACAGUAAAAGAUGCCAGCAGCUCUUCCUUGCCAGAGAUGAUCUGAACCGGUGGGGGCAGCUGGAAAGCAACACUGGCCCCCAGCUGAAGGGCCCAGCUGCAGCCGGACAGAUGGUGCUUGAGAACCGAGGCCCAGUGAUCCUCCAGCCACAGUCCAGCCCAACCACUGCCACUUUCCAUGGGACUUAGAACUUCCGAGUUGCUGCCUUGCAAUUGGAGGAAGGACCUGGGGCCCCUAGAGGCAGCAGCCAAUUACAGCUCCUUUUGUAGCCAGGCGUUCCUAUGGUCAAUGAGUGGAAAUGCAGGAACCAACCUCCCUUGAAAAAAAAAAAAAAAUCCAGAAAGCAGAUAAAAAUUGGAAUAUGGAAAAGGGCAAGAUGACCCCACCAGAGGCUCUUUGGCCAGGAGGUGGAGUCCCUGCCUCCCUCCGUUCCCUAUCUGUCCUGUCACAGACUCUGCCUGACCCCCUGUCCCCUUCCUCAGCUCCCUCCAGGCACUUGGGUCCCUCCCUUCCAGGGCCUCCCAUAUCUCAGCCUUCCCCCAGGGCUGCUGGCCCAGCACACAAGUCCUGCACCUACCCUGGGUGGGAGGUCCCGGGCCAAUCCCCCAGGCACUCUGAGGUGCUAUGGGCUGCUGCAGAGAGCAUCUCCUGACUGCCCCAUCUGGCCUCAUCAGGCUGCUGCUGUUGGGGAUGGGCUCACUCCCAGCAGCUCCCCAUCACACAGCAGGGGUGGGGAGGGUGGCCACCCCAGGGUGGCAGGGUCUUUAAUUUGGCAGCAGACAAAAGCCAGUUCUGGAGUCACACCACAGUGGGGGCUCACAGGGGCUCUGACUCCCCAGCUGGACUGGAAGGCCAGCUGUCCGAGGGUGGACAGCAGUGGGCCCUGGAGUGACCCCUUUGAGCAGGUAGCAGGGCUGAAGAGCAAGGUGGAAAGGCCGCCAGCCUGGGUGGGAGCGCCUAGGGCAGAAGGGCUUGCUGGGUGCCCCUGAGACGGGCUGGUGAUCUGAGGAGGAGAAUGCUGAUUCUAGGAAGGCUUACACGGCACCCACCACUGCCACGGGGAGGGAGGCUGCCCAGCCCGUGGCCCCGCCCUGGACAUGGGAGCGCGCAGAUCUUCUGGAGAGCCGGGAAGUCUGGGCAGGCACGAGGCUUCGGCGCGGCUUCGGGAGGUUGGGAGUGGGAUCUGAUCCUUGGCGCGGCCCUGGUGGCCUCAGUGACCCCAAGAUCACAAGGGCGUAGCGAAGGCGAGCCGGCGAUUGCACCUCGUCCCACCCACCCUGCCCGGACUCCCGACGCCGAGCUUCCCUUCUCUGGGGAGGGCCGGGACGCGCCGCCGCCGCCGAGCGUGACCAAGUUUGGAAACGCGCAUGGGGCCGGGACGCUGGCUCGGGGGCCCUGCCGAGGAGCGGCCGCCCCCUCCACUGCUCCUCGCGCCAGGCCUGGGGUCCUGGAGGGAGGGGAAGGUCUCCGAGGAGUGCCUCGGGUCCCCAGCUCGAGUUCCCGACGGGUCUCUGAGCCUUCCCCGCGCCAGGACGGGCGCACUGCGGGGGAAGCCCCAGCCCCACGUCUGUGAGUGUUGCUUGUUAUUUUUUUUCCUCCUAUGUGUGGGUUUUUUCUUGGAGCUGUUUCAUAGGAAUUCCUGUAAUAAAGAGUUGGUGUUCUCUUGGUG